AUGGACAGUGGGAUUGAGUGCACCCUUAGCAAGUGUGCAGACAACACCGAGCUGUGUGGUGUGGUCAGCACACUGGAGGGAAGGGAUGCCAUCCAGAGGGACCUGGGCAGGCUUGAGAGGUGGGGCUGUGCAAACCUCAUGAAACUCAACAAGGCCAAGUACAAAGUCCUGCAUGUGGGUUGGAGCAAUCCUAAGCACAGAUACCAGCUGGGCAGAGAACGGAUUGAGAGCAGCCCUGAGGAGCAGGACUUGGGGGUGUUGGUUGUUGAGAAGCUCAGCAUGACUCAGCAAGGUGGACUUACAGCCCAGAAAGCCAGCAAUAUCCUGGGCUGCAUCAAAAGAAGCAUGACCAGCAGGUUGAAGGAGGUGAUUCUGCUGCUCUGCUCUUCUGCUGCCCCACCUAUCCAGCAUCCAGCUCUGGGCGCCCAACAUAAAAAGGACGUGGCCCUGUUGGAUCUCCCGAAGGGCUUCAACUCGGUGUGCACCUCCCUGGGCAAAUCGCCCAGCCCUGAGCUGGCAUCAUCUCGCGGCUCGGCCAUGAAGGAGCAGCAGCUUAUGAGGGUGGUCCUGGUGCAUCCAAGGGACAUCUUGCGAGCUAAGAGAUCCCGAGAAAAAAAAAAUCUGUUUGCUAUGGUUUUUGAUCACAGAGUGACCCAGGAGGAAGUAUAUGUGUCCAUGACCAAAAGCCUGAUAGGAGAAGUAAUUUUUGGCUACAAUGCAACCAUUUUUACAUACGGUCCAACAGAAGCAGAAAACACCUACACGAUGCUAGGGAUGGACUGUGACCUGGGGAUUUACAUCCGCGCUCUUGAUGACCUCUUUAAGGCCCUUGAAGCUACCCCCGAGGAGAUGGAUUACUGAGUCUCCAUGUCCUACCUGGAGGUGAAGUGUCUGUUGAUCCGUGACCUCCUGAACCCAUCCUCGGAGUUCUUAGACCUCAGAGAGGACCCCAGAGGCAGCAUCCAGAUAGCAGGAAUUAUGGAAGUCUCCACUACCAACGCUCAGGACAUCGUGCAGCUGUUAAUGAAAGGAAACAAGCAACACACCCAGGAAACGACUGCUGCCAACAGGACGCCCUCCCCCUCACAGCCAGUGCUGCAGGUGACAGUGACGCAGAAAAGCCGGAGGAAGGCGGUCAGUGAAGAAGUGCAAACUGGGACGCUUUUCAUGGUUGACUUGGUGGGGUCAGAGAGAAGCAGCCCAGGUAUGAACCGGUGCAAGAGGAUGAAGGAAGGAGCCCACAUCAACCGCUCGCUGCUGGCUUUGGGCGACUGCAUCAACACUUUGAGUGAAAAGGCGUCGAGCCGGGCCCAGUUUGCCAAUUUUCGAGACAGCAGCACACACCUGCUGAAGGACUCGUUAGGGGGCAACAGCAGGACUGUUAUGAUUGCACAUAUCAACCCAGCCAGUAACUCCUUUGAAGAAUCUGAAACGACCUUGAUCUACACCUAUUGAGCAAAAAACAUUGAGAAAAAGGUAAAAUGUAACCUGUGGAACGUCUCCUACCACAUCACCCAAUACACCAGCACCAUUGCGGACCUCCACAGGGAGAUCGAGUGUCUGAAGGCAAGGGUCGAAAACCAGGAGAAGAAGAAAAGUGCAGUCAGCUCCAACCUCAGGGAUCUGCAAGGCAGAGCCAAGAGCAAGAACUGUUCUGCAGCACCUGGAGGGAAGAGAGCGGGGAGAGGAGCUGUGUGGACAGGCUGGGGUAGCGCUUGGUGGGCCUCCAGGCAGAUGUAG